AUGGCAUCUGUUGCUUUGUCCAUGAUUAUGGAACAAAAGGAUGACUACAAGCUUGUAAUGGCUAACAUUAACAUGCCAGAUAUGGACAGUCUUUCUUUUCUGCGUGUACUGCACAAGAAGGAGAUCCCUGUCAUAUUCAUGUCCUCCGAAAUGAAUGUUAAUGUAGCCAAGAAGGCCCUAGCUGAAGGAGCCUGUUUUUUCCUCGAGAAACCAAUUUCUCUGGAGGAUCUGAAAAGCAUGUGGCAACAUGUGUACCGGAAGAUUAGAACCCCAAGGAAGUACAAACAUAAACCAAAUUGUGGAACGAAAAUGAACAGUGGAAAUGACUGUCAAGGGAUUAAGAUAAAUGAGGCUGGUGAUGUGCUUAGGCCUCCCCUUGGAGGUGUUAAAAGGAAUGAGGCUGGUGGUGAGUGUAGCCUUGCAACUGGACAUGCUUUGGACAUUGACAAACAAAACACUUGCACUUUGACAUGCAAAGCCCAAGAAGCUUCUGGGAUAAAGCGACCAAUUGAUGAUAAAGAAGAGCAAGAAGAAGUGAAUCGGGAUAGCAAUGGCACCACCGGCGAUAAAAAGCACCGUGCUGUUUGGACUCCAGAACUGCAUCUCAAGUUUACAGCAGCUCUAAGUGCCUUAGGAGAUCUAAAAUCUCGUCCAAAAGCAAUUCUAAAAUUGAUGAAUGUGCCAAAUAUAACAGUGCGCCAGGUUGCAAGCCAUCUGCAGGUUCAGAGAAUUCGUGGGACGGACACAACUAGCUUACCUUCUUCAUUAAGUAGAUUAUCGAAUUGCAUCAACAGAAAUGAAUUCCCACCAGCAAAGCAAAGUUCUCUGGUAUGCCAAUAUGAUCAAAGGACAUCAAGUUUUGGAGUCCAAGGUAAUACAGCACAAUUAGAUGCUCCAAAUUCUUUGAUCACAUCUCCUAUCCUUCUAGCUGGUUUCAACAAUCAUGACUACAGAAGGCAGAAUCUAUAUUCGGGACAUACAAUCUUGUCUCACUACACAAAUCAUCAUACCAACAACCCUAGUGAGUUUUAUUUAAGAUCUCAAGGGCAGUUUCAAAAUUUGAACCAAAUAAGGGAAACAAGCAGUUUUGGAUACGGUGCUGGCAUGAAUGAAAUCAUGAACCAACAACCUCUUGGAAUAGAAGAGAACAGUUUUAGAACAAGUGAAAGCCACUUUCCAAGUAUGAACUACAUGACUCCAGAGGCUGCUGCUUCUCCCUACAUAUCAGGAAACACAUUUCAGGUCCCAAAUGAGCCUUCUGUCAUGAAUCAAGAGCAAUACUAUACUUCAUCUUUGACCGGUCCCUUCGAUUCCCAAAAUCAGAACCAGUUUUCAACAGAAGGUGCAAGAUUAACAACUGAAUUACUUGAGUUUGUGCCAGAACAGAUAGCUUCAGGCAAUACAACCAAUCCAAACAAAUUUCCGGCAGACUUCAAUGAUGGCAGCCAGAAGCUGGAUACUACAGCUGGAGAGGCUAGUUCACCAAACGAGAACCAACCCCUUUCAGAGUAUGAUGAGCUGUUGAAACUGCUUGAAGAAGACCCACAGGAGGCCAGCUGUGUUGGCAGUGUACCAAAUGCAGGUGAUGCUGAUCGUUACUGUGAAUGGCUAAGGGAAACUUUACUUGAAAAUAGCACAGACCCUCUAUAG